AUGGAGCGCCAGGUAAACACUGCUUGCCGAAAUGCGUACUAUGAUCUUCGUCGCAUUUCGCGCAUUCAAAAAUUUCUGGAUGCAGCCGCCUGUAACCAGCUUGUUUGUGCCCUCGUCAUCCCACAUCUUGACUACGGAAACUCCCUCUUCUAUGGCCUUCCGGAUUACCUUCUUGACAAACUACAACUAGUGCAGAAUGCUGCUGUCCGUCUGGUAACUCAGACUAAGAAGCGUGAGCACAUUACGUGCAAGCGGAAAAGUCUUCAUUGGCUCCCUAUUCGUCAGCGUGUGAUGUACAAAAUUGCUGUCUUGGCCUAUCAAUGUGUUAAUGGUAUUGCCCCAUCGUAUCUAUGUAAACUUGUAUCCCCAAGGUCUGUUAAUCGUCGCCUCAGGAAUUAUAGUGAGAUCUCACGUGAUUUGGGGGCUCCGGUGAAGCUACCGGGGGCGUACGGGUCUCGUAGUUUCACUUAUGCAGCGCCCCAGAUUUGGAACAGCCUCCCCAUCGACCUAAAAAUGUCUCCCUCCAUCGAGAACUUCCGAGCCGGCCUGAAGACCCAUCUAUUUAAACUCGCUUACCCCGACUGA